CUAAUUCGAGCCUGUCUUUUGACAACUAGGCACUUAACCUCACAGCUGGUUUGUUUUGAUUGAAAAAUUAAUGUUCAAUGUUUUACGUUUAAAGUUACGUUUGCCCGAGGAAAAAUGCACUCAUUGCAGUUUUUGUUGAAAGAUGUGCGGCAGGGGAUAACAGAAAACCACUUGCAACUGAAGGCCAUAAUUCAGGACAUUGGUGCAUGUAAUGGGUCCCUGUCUGAGCUGCAGAAUCUAAACAGUGCAGGCCGCUCUAAAAUAGCCGUCCUCAGGAAAUUGAUCAACGAAUUCGGAGACACUGUGAAGGAACAUAAAGACUCUGUCCUCCUGAAGGAGGUAAUCUUGGAAAGAGAUCAACUAGCCAGCUCAAUGGACGCAUUUAAAAAAGCCAACCUAAAGUCCAUGUUGGCGAUAGAGAAAAGCUCAAAGGAGGAACUGAUGAAAAACAGCAAGGAAAACGAACUGAGGCAGCGCCACAAAAGGGGUAAGGAAAGCAUGGUUAAAAUGAGUUCGAAGGUAACAGAUCAGUUGCUGAAUAUCAGUAAGCAACUAGCCAGCACUACCCAACAGAGUGCAAAUACUUUGGAAACUCUGGCAACAUCAUCUCACACGGUGUUUGGAACUCAUGAGGAAUUAAAAAUGACAUCUGGUGUGAUUGGCCAGUCUGGAAAGCUUCUGGAUAAAUAUGGGCGCCGUGAACUAACAGACAAAUUCCUCAUGUUUUUUGCGUUUGCCUUUUUUCUAUCGUGUGUCGUUUAUAUUGUUCAAAAGCGGCUUUUUUGAAUCCAUCGUUGUUCAACGACAAUUUAAUCGAACACUCCUUUAGGAAAACUGCUGUGAUGUUGCAUUGAUGACAAUUUUAAAGGAACAGGCAAGAGAUUCAAAGGUAAGGGGGAACUAAAUUCAAACAAAGUCAUUGAUUAUGUAUGCAAUAAUUUAAAAAUAUAUUAGCUAGAAUGUA